AUGUCUUCCGCCGGAUCCUCCGCCCGGGAACUCCGGGAAUUCAGACGGCCUGUUCGCAAAGUUUUUCUGCGUCCGGACGGGACGUUUAAACCUUGGGAAUCUAAAAUUGAAAAGGGAAUGACCACUCUGGGUUUUGUUCUCAAAGAAGGAAUUGUGAUUGCUGCUGAUCGUCCAUCCGACACUCAACCCAACAUUUUUCAACUGAAUCAUUGCAUGGUGGCCACCAUUUCCGGAGGAGGAAAAGACAGAGGAAGAGACACAUCGUCGUUCACACCUCUGAUCAAAUCUCUGCAAUAUCAAGCAAAACAUGUAACUUCGGUUCACGAUCUGUUGGCCUGGCUGGCUACCACUAUUUCGGCUAAGAAAGAGUAUUCGUCAGUAGGAAUACUUAUUGCCGUGUGGAACGAAUCGGAGCGUGGUCUGUAUAAGGUGAAUGGUGAUGGGGUAAUUACUGAAAAUGAUAUACUUGCUACUGGAUCUGGUUCACCUGCAACAAUCCUGGUGAAAAUGGAGCGCAGAUGCAUAGAAUCUGGAAUGUCUAUACCUGACGCUGCAGACCUUGCCAAAAUGGCUAUUUGCAUUGCUGCAAAUGAUGCUCCUCAUUAUGGGGAUGUUGUUAGUGUUUGCCACCUCGGAAGUGAGGGCUUCCAAAUGCUCUUUGAGGAGGAUAUGGAAGAAUUCCAUAGCAGCAUGUGUCGUAUGCCCAGGACCCAGGACAACGACAUUUCUGGUAAAGCCGAGGACUUUACGUUGGUUCAUAAACUCCGGAAGCUGAGUCUCAAGUUUCCAACUCUUGAAGACGGAUCCAACAGUUGGGAAGUGAUCAUAAGGGACACAGAAAAGACAUUCGAAUCAGAUAACAGAUGGAAGAUUAGGAAAAAUCUCCAUAUAAAAUAA